UUCUCUGGGGCGCCCAAACCGCCAAACCCUAGCCCUCUGUUUCUCUCUGUCCCAUUUAUUCUUACCGUUACAUUACAAUAAUGCAUCAAUUUUUUUCCACACAUCACUAAUGUGCAAGCACACCUCCACUGUCUGUACCGAGUAGCCGAUUGGAGAGGGAGCGGUUGAAACAUAGAUGGAUUCAUCAGUAUCAGACGAAGGGAAGCUAUUCGUUGGAGGAAUUGCAUGGGACACCGAGGAAAAUAGACUCAAAGAUUAUUUUAACAAGUAUGGAGAAGUGACCCAUGCCGCGAUCAUGCGAGACAAGGCCACUGGCCAGCCCAGAGGCUUUGGCUUCGUCGUCUUCUCUGACCCCUCCAUUCUUGAUUCAGUUCUUCGAGACAAGCACACCGUUGAUGGCCGUACGGUAGAAGUUAAGAGGGCUUUGUCAAGAGCAAAACAGCAAAGCUUACGAUCAGGGGAUUCAAAUGCCAACAGCAGUAGAAACUAUGGUGGGCUUGGGAAUUACAGAACUAAAAAGAUCUUUGUUGGUGGGUUACCUUCUACUCUGACAGAAGGUGAAUUUGUGCAGUAUUUCGAGAAUUAUGGUGACAUUGCCGAUGCAGUAAUUAUGUUUGACCAGAGUACUGGUCGAUCGCGUGGUUUUGGUUUUAUCACCUUUGACGCUGAAGAUGCUGUUGAUAGAGUUUUGAACAAGACAUUUCAUGAGUUGAAUAACAAACUUGUUGAGGUCAAAAAGGCUCUUCCCAAAGAAUUUAAUCCUGUCUAUGCUGCUCAUGGCAGAAACUUCAAUGCUUAUGGUUCUUACAGUGCCAACGCAUUUAAUAGUCAAAUGGACAGUAGUAGAUUCUUGCAGCCACAACCUGCUGCAGGUGGCUACCCUCCCUAUUCCAGCUUUGGAGCUCCUAGUUUUGGAUAUGGAUUGGCAAAUACUAAUGCUUUUUACGGUGGUUUUGGUGCUUAUGCUUUUGGAAGCUCCAUUGCUGGUUAUAGUGGCUCAGCUUUGGCAUAUGGUAACCAAACUGCUACAAGCACUGGAUAUGCAAGCAGCACUGCUGAUCUUCGGAAAGGCCAAUGGGGCAGCCAGAGUAUUGGGCAUGGUGCCUUGGGCUACAGCCUAAAUCCUGGCUAUGGGUUCACUGUUCCUUGGAAUACUCCAGGUGGUGCUGCAUCAUUAGGACGAUCUCCAAGAGGCACUGCUAACUCGGGAACUAGUAGUUACCGUGGUGUUGAAUACCCUUUUACUGAUUCUGGUAAACAUCAAACACUAAAUAAGCAUAGAGGGAGCAUAAAAAAAAAUAGAAAUGCAGGUCAGAAUUCUGCUGAAACAGGGCAUCAUGAGGCGAGUGGAGGCUUCAAGGGAAGGACCUAUGACAGCAGUGAUGGUGCUUCACAGUAUCCAGAUGGUACAUGAAGGUCUUCCUGAGCUUUUACCUGGUUGUGGUGAACAUGAGAACAGGAGGUAUUAGCUGUUAUAGGUGUUCACAUCUAACAUGUGUCACUAUACCUGGUUAUUGACAAGAAAUUCUGCUUUCUGAUACAAGAUCCUCAGAUUGACUGGAUACUUCAAUCUUGACUGUGGUUUCAUGUUCUUAUGUUGCAAGAACAAUGUCACUAGCUAGUUAUAGUCUAGCAGUGUUUAUCUUUUAGUUGUUCUUACUUGGCUUUUACCUAAUGGUCUCGGUGACCUGAUUGUGCUUGAUGAAUUUAUCCCCAUUGUAAAUGCUUCUCCAUCCAGCAGUUAGGCUUGGUCAACAACUACUAGAUCAUUCAUGUCCAGUGUUUACUAACAGAAUUAAACACAAAGUGGCAGCAAAUGAUUUAUGAUUUGGUGCAAAUCGAUUGGAGUAAAGAUUCUUCAUAUCGCUUUGCUGGUGGAUCCUUUCAACCUUGGACAUUAAA